AUGAUCGCGGAUGAUCGACAACGCAGUUCGACGCCGACUCCAUCGACAUCAUCAUCGUCGGAAAAUGAAGACAAUAAACGAAGCCCGAAAGCGGUUUCGAUGGCGUUCCCACAGCGUCAAUUUUCGACGACGAGCAGCUCGAAUAAUAGUGAGCACUCUCCGCGACAUUCUUACCUGGACUCGCCUAUCGAAGUUCAACCUUCUACUCGUUUCUCUCUUGUUGGCUUGACGACAACCGUACUUCGUCUCGAUUUUUGGGAUGACAACGAUCCGAAUUCCAUAUUUUUUUGCAAAAGCACUUUCGACGUCGUCACACAGUGUUUCAAUUUAUCCGAAAAGGUUGUCAAAGCGCUCAAACUUCAAUUGGAGGGCGAAGAAGUACUCGCAGAUAUAGUUUCAUUCAUAAUUUCAAUCAAAGAGGAUCCAAUUUAUAAAAAAGACGGUUCGACGCCGAUUCUUGCCACACUUUUGUUCGCAUUCGUCAAUUCGGGAAAUUAUGACAGCCGAUAUCGUGUGCUUUUGAGGCAUCUCGCUCGAUUGCUCGGAGUUGUUUGGGAUGAUUUUGAAGAUUUGGAAGAUUCGGUAGCUCUUAUUAUUCUCGAGGACAAAUUCGUCGAGACAGAGCACGGGCGGCUCGUUCGCGAGAAAACCGCUCGAAACAAGAAAAUCAAGCGCUAUUUGAUGAUCGGCGCCGCCGGCGGUGUCGGCGGUGUGUUGAUCGGACUGACAGGCGGUCUUGCGGCGCCUUUCGUUGCCGCCUCGGCUGGAAUGCUGAUUGGUGGCGGAACGGCAAUCGCCGGUCUUGCCACUACCGCCGGUGCUGCUGUGCUAGGUACGACAAUGGGUGUAGCUGGAGCAGGAUUCACCGGUUACAAAAUGAAAAAAAGAGUUGGAGCAAUUGAAGAAUUUUCGAUUGAAACUUUGACGGAAGGAACUAGUCUGAAUUGCACUCUUGUGGUCAGCGGAUGGAUUGAAAGCGACCUGAGUCCAGAGGAAGCUUUCAUUCAUCAAUGGCGGCAUUUGCAUCAUUCAAAGGAGCAGUACACUUUAAGAUAUGAAAGCACAUACUUGAUGCGGCUUGGAAAUGCGAUCGAGUAUUUGAUGAGUUUUGCGGUGUCAGUAGCAAUUCAGCAGACGCUCUUGGAGACUGCCCUAGCCGGUCUCGUGUCGGCGGUGGCAUGGCCAGUUGCGUUGAUGUCUGUCUCGUCCGUUCUCGACAAUCCGUGGAAUGUCUGCAUCUCGCGAGCAACCGAAGUCGGCGAACAACUCGCUGAGGUGCUUUUGAGUCGAUCGCACGGAAAACGACCCAUCUCAUUGAUCGGCUUCAGUCUCGGAGCUCGAGUUAUAUUCCAUUGUCUGUUGACAUUGAGCAAAAGAUCCGAGAGCGUCGGAAUCAUUGAAGACGUCAUUCUUCUCGGAGCUCCGGUAACGGCUUCUCCAAAAGAAUGGGCCAAAGUUUGUAGUGUCGUUGGAGGGAGAGUAAUCAAUGGGUAUUGCCAAACUGAUUGGCUGCUGAGAUUUCUCUAUCGCACAAUGAGUGUUCAAUUCCGAAUUGCUGGCACUGGUCCGAUCGACAACAAGAAGAAUAAGAAAAUUUGCAAUUACAAUUUGAGCCAUAUAGUCAAAGGACAUCUCGAUUAUUCAAAACGAUUGACGGAAGUGCUUGAAGCGGUCGGAGUUCGCGUUGGUCCUCACUCGGAGAGCAGUCAACUCGAUCUAAUGAGACUCGAAGAAACCGCACAGGAGGCCAUUCAUCAUCAGCCAAUAGAGGCCAUUGAACAAGACAAUUUUUGCGGGGAUCCAUCGGAAAUUCGAGAGAUCAAAGUACGGGAUAAUUUAUGA